CCAUCUUCCCCUGUGACCUGCACCAGGCUGACUGUAUGAACAACACCGCCCGCCUUCCGCAUCCUGUAACUUGGUCAGCUUUGCUCAGUCCUGCCUCCUGCCUCACAGAAGCAGAGCCAUGUGGCCCACACUCCUCAGCCUCCUGAGUCUCGGAUUCUGUGUGAGUCUGAGGAUCUGGGCAGCUGUGGGUGCAUAUGAGAAGCCCUCUUUGUCAGCCUGGCCAAGCCCUGUGGUUCCCUUAGGACAGACUGUGACUCUUCGGUGUCAUUCCCGUUCUCCACUUAAGAGAUUCAGACUGUUCAAAAGAGAUGGGACCAGUUUGCCCAAGCUCCAGGGAUAUCAUGUCAACACCUUCACACUUGGCCCGGUGACCAGAGAACAUGCCGGGUCCUACACAUGUUCUGGAGGCUACCGGUCCCCACACAGUGACCCCCUGCAGAUUGUGGUCACAGGUGUGUUCACAAAACCAGCCAUCUCAGCCCACCCAGGCCCCCUCGUGCAGGAGGGAGGGCAUGUGACCCUUCGUUGUCACUCACUGCUGUCGCUUGACAAGUUUAUCCUGCACCAGGAAAAUAGCACAGGGCAUUUCCAGACACAAGGAGAGACGCUCCCGGGCGGGCAUGCCUCAGCUGACUUCUCCAUUGGCCCCAUGACCUUGGGGAGUGUGGGCUCCUACCGAUGCUAUGGCUCUCUCAGCCGCUCCCCCUAUGAGUGGUCAGCCCCCAGUGACCCCGUGGACAUCGUCAUCACAGGUUUGUCCAAGAAACCCUCUCUCUCAGCCCAGGGGGGCCCCGCGGUGAGGUCAGGAGAGAAUGUGACCUUGCUCUGCAGCUCCGAGCCCGCCUUUGACCAGUUCCAUCUGCUCAGGGAGGGGGAGAACCUUGGGCGCCCACUCGCUGGAGGGCGGGGACCCGGUGGAGCACUCCAAGCUGAGUUCCCUCUGGGUCCUGGGACCCCAGCCCACAGCGGGGUCUACAGGUGCUACGGCUCCUUCAAUCACUCUCCCUACUCGUGGUCAGACCCCAGCGACCCCCUGCUGCUCUCUGUCACAGGUUCCACUACAAGUACUUGCCCUUCCCCCAUGGAUGCACACACCACAGAAGAGGCAGAGCUUCUUCAAGAACGCUCCAGUGCACUGUACAUCAUCCUUGGGUUUGCCAUAGCCUUCACCUCUACCAGCAUCUUCCUCGCUGCUCUUGUCUGUCACUGGUGUUCUACCCCAAAUCGUAAGCCUGAAGGUGAUAUUGCCAUUAUUGAAGGAGAGCGCCAGGAAGAUCGAGCCGUGAGCGGCGUGGACUCUCCAGCAGAAGACGUGAUAUAUGCUCACUUGAACCUCGGGACCCUUUCUGAGAGACUGAAUACUCCCACUCCCCUGAGCCCCAUGCACCCCUUCCCCGAGCCCAGUAUCUAUGAGUAAUUCAAUUUAAAGAAAGACCGUGCUGAGCCCUGACCUGGCCCCAGGCUAUGAACACACAGAGUGCUACAUAUCGAAGACUUAGAUCUCUUUUUAAAGAGGUUCCUCUGUGGACACUCCUCCUCCUCCUCCAAAGCAGCCCAGCAGCUCUGAGGUGAACAGUGGAGUCCAAGAUUGCUGGAUCACCUUCAAAAAUCCCACAACCUCGAAGUAAACUCCUGUCUCUUCCAGGACUCCGUUUUAUCUAUCUCACUGUUUGGGGAAUGGUAUAAUCAAUCACACAUACUGGGUCGGUUAAUAUGAUCAUCUUACUUUAUCUAAAAUUCCAAUAAAGCAUAAAAAAUCUGCCAGCUGAUUCUUCAAAUUUUUCAGUUUUUUAAAAAAACACAAACCAAUAAAUAAGAUGUCUAUUCA